UGAAGCUAAAGAGAAACGGUGGGUACGCGACGCACCCAGUGUGACCCGUGGGGAGGAGUGGCAGGCAGGGAUUGAGAGGGGCAAAAACUGGCAGGGUGCGGUCUUAGUGCGCCACCGGCAACUCGGAUCACUUCAAUUCCUGAUUCGAGCGGAGACGUUCGCAAAAGGAGCGCAUUUAAAGACAGCAGACCGUCUCUCUGACAGCUGUCCAAAGGCUGCUUCGGAGUUACACUGUGUAUCUCUCUCUUCUAGACUCUGUUAGAUAAAUAAAUGGACUUGCCUGCUCACUCUCAUAUCGCUGUUUUUCUCGAGAGACCGACGUUGCGCAUUGUAUGGGCACUGAACACUUGGCACCACUGGAUCUUUUCGCCAUCUCUCCAUGACAGCCUCUGCGCAAAGCGACUUAACUUUUACGCGCUGACCAUGACGAGGAUAAGGCUGAUAAAGAAGUAAAGAUUUCCUCCUCCACCCCCCAUCUAUUACCCCGUGGGGGGGAAUAAGGAUCUACUUGGGGGGUAGUUUCUUAUUCGUCGGCGAGCUGUGCCACCGUACCACUCCGCGUGAGUGCCCGGCGGGCUGGGGUGGAAUGCGUCUCACCGUGGUGUUUGGGUUCCUCAUCGGCUGCGCCCUGAUUUUCGCACCUGUUAACGAGGGCUGUGGACCGGGGAGGGGAUAUGGGAAAAGGCGGCCUCCGCAGAAACUAACACCCCUCAAUUACAAGCAGUUCAGUCCACACGUAGCCGAAAAGACACUGGGAGCCAGCGGGAGACACGAGGGCAAGAUAACCAGGAACUCGGAGCGCUUUAAAGAGCUGACGCCCAACUACAACCCCGAUAUCAUCUUCAAAGAUGAGGAGAACACAGGUGCGGAUCGACUCAUGACGCAGCGCUGUAAAGAUAAGCUGAACGCUCUGGCUAUCUCUGUGAUGAACAUGUGGCCCGGUGUGAAGCUCAGAGUGACUGAGGGCUGGGAUGAAGACGGUCACCACUUUGAAGAUUCACUGCACUAUGAGGGCAGAGCUGUCGAUAUCACCACCUCCGAUCGCGACCGUAAUAAAUAUGGCAUGUUGGCACGUCUAGCGGUGGAGGCUGGUUUUGAUUGGGUCCACUUUGAGUCCAAAGCUCACGUCCACUGCAGUGUGAAGUCAGAUCACUCCGUGGCGGCCAAGACCGGAGGAUGCUUUCCAGCAUCAGCUUCUGUAACCGUUGAGGACGGUAGCGUGAAGACCAUGGAGAGCUUACAGCCUGGAGAUAAAGUGCUGGCAUCAUCACAGAGCAACGGCAGCGGGCCGCUCAUCUACAGCGAAGUCAUCGCCUUCCUGGAUCGGGAUCCUAACGUACACAAGCAGUUCUACAGCAUCCAAACAGACUCUGGUGCUACACUGACCUUGACCGCAGCUCAUCUCCUGUUCGUGUCCGAGGGGAACUGCUCAGGGCCUGUAGCCAGCGGACAGCUACGAUCUGUAUACGCUAGCGAUGUCCGACCAGGUCAAUGUGUGGUGUCCACACGAGAAACAGAACAGCAGGGACAGCUGUCCCAGGUCACUCGGAUCCAAAUCCAGGAGCACAAGGGCGUUUUCGCCCCACUUACCCGCCACGGCACAGUGGUGGUCAAUGGCAUAGUUUCGUCUUGCUACGCGGCCGUGGACCAGCACUGGCUGGCUCACUGGGCUUUCGGCCCACUCAGGGUACUUUAUAGCUGGGGCGGGCCAGUUGGACAUCAGGCUGUGGGGAUACAUUGGUAUUCCUCACUGCUGCACUGGGUUGGGACUUUUGUGCUGGACCCAACACAUUUUCACCCAUGGAGCAUGAUGGACAAUGACAGAUGAAUGCAAGGAGAAACGUUGGAAUAAGAAGUGUUCGGUAAAUAAAUGGGGUGAAAGAGAUGGAAUUUGAAUUAAUGUAGGAAACAGAAAGGUUAAAUGAUGGAGAAAGGACCUCGAUUGAGAGAAGGAAGUGAGAGAAUCAUUUAUGGACUCUGUUAAAAGACUUUUAAAAGAGGAUACAGAGAUCCUCUGGGUCGACCCUCAUUAGAAGAACAAAGUGGACAUAAAAAUGGUUCUUUAAAAACCCACAUGUAAAAAAUAUUUAACACUUUUUCAAAAGGGGUUUUUACACUGGAACAUUCUCACAAGUAUACAAAGACGCACACUCUCUUACUCAGAUUUGUCCGUCUCGGUUUUUCUCCUUCGCGUAUUAUCAAAGUGGUUGAAGGAACAGGUAAACUAUAUGAAUUUGCUCAUACUCAGGUAAGCAAUGACUCACAGGAUAGCAGGCCAACCCUGACUGAUAAGGUUGAGGUUUGAGACGGAUAAGGAAGUUCUGUUAGAAAAGGAAUGAGUUUGGAAGGUACACAAACACACCCAUAGAAACCUACAGCUUAGGGGGAAAACAGCAGGAAAAAGUCUUGUACUCCAUGGAAGCCCGUUGUUAUUUCAGGUCAUUUUCAGGUUUUGUUUCUCAUACGGUCAGUUAUGUCUUUCCCAAAUUAAUCAACUAUUUAAUGGUCGCUUUUUACACUGUAUUUCUACAUCUAGCAUACAUAAGGGUUUGAGUAUACAUACACGUUUAUGAAGGCUUCAUUCGAGACAUUACGUUUACUCGGUGUAAUGUGUAGCAAUUUUAUAAGCGUCAGAGUUUAUGCCAGUUUAUGUAAUCCUUAUGUGUGCUUUAUGCAGUGAUACUCGAUUUCCCGUACAAAUGACUGUAUUUAUCUGUUUUGUGGCAUUAUUUACAUUUUACUUAAAGAUGUCAGAAAUUAUAUAAUAUUUGUAAAACUAUUUAAAGAUCUAUUUUUCAGAAUUAAAGAUUAUGGAAAUAUG